UUGCCUUCCAAUUUAUAGAUCCAUUACCUGGCUGCCUGCCUGAAAGCGGAAACCGGAAGAAAAAAAAAAAUCAAUGAUUUUUGUGAUUGGCAGUCCUGUUUCUUUCGAGCACCAGAUUCUGGUUUACGUAUUAUUAACAUUCAGCCUGUGGUUGUUGUCCACGGAGGAUGGUGCUGAAAUCGCAGCCUCACCAUUGCUCUGUACUUGCAGCCAUUUUACACAGGAUAACCAAAACAAUGUAAUGAAACGGCAUCACCAGAACCAACAAAUAAAACGUCAUAUCUGUAUUUAAAAUAACAUAUUUAAUCAUGGUGAAGAGGAAGAGUUUGGAGGAUACCGAUCAGGAAUGUGGGAGAGGUAUACCUUUCCCAAUCCAGACGUUUCUGUGGAGACAAACCAGUGCAUUUUUGAGACCAAAACUGGGGAAGCAGUAUGAAGCGUCCUGUGUGUCAUUCGAGAGAGUGCUGGUAGAGAACAAGCUGCACGGCCUGUCUCCUGCUCUCUCAGAGGCGAUCCAGAGCAUCUCGCGCUGGGAGCUGGUGCAGGCGGCCCUGCCGCAUGUGCUGCACUGCACUGCAAUCCUGCUCUCCAACCGGAACAAGCUGGGUCACCAGGACAAGCUGGGCGUUGCAGAAACAAAGCUUCUGCACACUCUGCACUGGAUGCUGCUGGACGCUGCCCAGGAGUGUAACCACGAGGCUGGGGUGAGAGGGGGCCGGGGGUCCAGCUGGUCAGGGAGCAGCAGUGCCUUCAUUCACCAGCUGGAGAACCAGGGCUCCCCCGGCCAGCCCCUGAAUGGCAGCACCCCCGAGGAUGACGAGCACAGCAAGCAGAAGCUUUUCCACAAGUCCAUGGCCACCGUGGAGCUUUUUGUGUUCCUCUUUGCUCCUCUCAUCCACAGGAUCAAGGAGUCGGAUCUGACAUUCCGAUUGGCCAGUGGCCUUGUCAUCUGGCAGCCAAUGUGGGAACAGAAACAGCCUGAUGUCCCCGCCUUCACUGCUCUCAUCAAGCCAGUCAGAAACAUUGUGACAGCAAAGAGAAACUCCCCAACCAACAACCAGAGGAGUGCAUGUGAAUCCCCCAACCCAGGCUCCACGGGUUUCCAGGUGGUUUGUGAGACUGCCCAAUCAGAUUCACUGUCAUCGGGGGCGAGUGUGCAGAGCUGUCGCCGUGGCAACUCUCUUGAAGGAGGCGGGCCUUCCCAGGCCUCCAAGGACAAGGGAGUCUUCCAGAACAAAGCUCCGACCGCAGCCCCCCCUGCGCAGAGGUCUCGCUAUGGCACCUAUUUCGAUGUGGCAGUGCUGCGCUGCCUCCUGCAGCCCCACUGGUCUGAGGAGGGGACCCACUGGGCACUGCUGUACUGCCUGCAGAGGCUGCGUCAGAUCCUGGAGGAGAAACCUGAGAGACCCCCGGAGCCCCUCCUCACACAGCUGCCCAGACCACGCAGCAGCUCCAUGGUGGCAGCUGCACCCUCUCUGGUGAACACGCACAAGACACAGGAUAUGACUUCAAAAUGCAAUGAGGAGAAGUCUCUCAGCACAGAGACCUUCUCCAAGGUGUCCUUGACGAACCUGAGAAGACAGGCUGUUCCGGACCUGUCCUCUGACCUGGGCUUGAACAUCUUCAAAAAGUUUAAGAGCCGCAAGGAGGAACGUGAGCGCAAGGGCUCGAUCCCAUUCCACCACCCCGGGAAGAGGCGUCAGCGGCGCAUGGGGGUCCCCUUCCUGCUGCACGAGGACCACCUGGACGUGUCUCCCACGCGCAGCACCUUUUCCUUCGGGAGCUUCUCCGGGAUCGGUGACGAGCGGCGCGGGCUGGAGAAGGGGGGUUGGCAGACCGCCAUCCUGGGGAAGUUCACACGCAGAGGCAGCUCUGAUACCACCGCAGACGUGGACAGCCUCAGCGCUAGACAGUCCCACUCGCACCACACCCUGAUGACUGACGCCCACGACCAACCCAACAGCCAUGGCGAAAACACCGUCAAGGAAGUCAGGUCCCAGAUAUCCACCAUCACUGUGGCAACCUUCAACACCACAGUAGCCUCAUUCAACGUGGGCUAUGCAGACUUCUUCACGGAGCACAUGAAGAAGCUGUGCAACCCGGUGCCCAUCCCAGAGAUGCCCAUCGAGCCGCUGGCCUGCUCCAACCUGCCACGUAGCCUCACCGACUCCUGCAUCAACUACAGCUGCCUGGAGGACGCAGAGAGCAUCGAGGGGACCAACAACUUCAUCCUUAAGAACGGCAUGCUGGACCUCGCGGUGAUCCUGAGAGCUGUGUAUGUGGUCCUGACCCACGACAUCAGCUCACGAAUCUGCGACGUGACUCUGAACAUCAUCGAGUGCCUCCUGCAGCUGGGAGUGGUACCCAGCAUGGGGAAGAAGGUGUCCAAGGUGGAAGAGAAGGAGAAUGAGGAGACCAGGCUCAAGGAUGGGACCAAUCAGAGGACAGGGGGAACCAACAUGGGUGUGGCUGGAGGGAUGGGGGCGGCGCCGGGAGGAGGAGGAGGAGGAGGGGGCGGGAAUGGAGGAGGAGGAGGAGGAGGAGGAGAUGACGGCAAGAACAACAGGCAGCAAGGAAACAAGCAGGAUGAUAGUGUGCCCCAGAGUAGCCACAGGCUGGCCCUCACAAUGCUGAUUAAAAUCGUCAAGUCUCUGGGCUGUGCCUAUGGAUGUGGAGAGGGACACAGAGGCCUCUCUGGAGAUCGCUUACGCAUGCAGGCUCAGAACUGCCUGACCCGCCUGUACAAGCUGGACAAGCUCCAGUUCCGUCAGACAGUGAGAGACUACGUGAACAAGGACUCGCUCAACAACGUGGUGGACUUCUUACACGCCUUUCUGGGCUUCUGCAUGGAACCCAUCACCGACAAAUACGGAAGUGCAGGUGAGAGGUCCAGGAGAGAGAAAAAAAGAAACCUCGACAAGGCGGGUUUCGGGAACAAUUUCACUACAGGGGACAGCAAAUCUGUUGCUCAGAACAUGGAGACGGUGGUUGUGGGCUGCAUGUUCAAGUCUCUGAUCACGCGCUGUGCGUCCACCACACACGAGCUUCACAGCCCGGAGAACCUGGGUCUGUACUGUGAUAUCCGGCAGCUGGUGCAGUUCAUCAAGGAGUCCCACGGGAAUGUCUUCCGCAGAGUGGCUCUCAGUGCCCUCCUGGACAGUACAGAGAAAGUGACUUCUGUGAAAAAGACAGAGGAGAAGGAUGAGACUAAGCUUCCAGGGAACCGAAGGUCUGAUGCGGGGAACACAAACGACAAGGGGCAGCCCUCGUCUGCUGCGGAUGAGUGUCGUAGUUACAUCUCUAGUCGUCCCCCACAGACCCCAGAGCAUGAAGAGCAGAUCCCGGGGGCCCUCCUCGGGCGAAAGGACUUCUGGCGCAAAAUGUUCAAGUCCCAGAGCGCAGCGAGUGACACGAGCAGCCAGUCGGAGCAGGACACGUCAGAGUGCACAACCGCCCACUCGGGAACCACUACGGAGCGACGGUCCCGCUCCCGCUCCCGCUCCCGCCGCAUCUCCCUCCGCAAGAAACUCAAACUGCCCAUAGGAAACUGGCUGAAACGCUCCUCCCUCUCGGGUCUCACAGACGGUGUAGAGGACCUGCUGGACAUCAGCUCUGUGGACAGACUCUCCUUCAUACGCCAGAGCUCCAAGGUGAAGUUCACCAGCGCGGUGAAGCUGUCUGAAGGAGGCGCUAUGGAGUAUGGCCGGGACGAUGAGGAGAAUUUCUUCAAGCGGCUCGGUAAAUGGCGCUCCGGCCGAAGGAACCCAUCCAAGCUUCACCACGCAGAAGAAAAAGAUGGGUGCCGUAGCUUCGAGGAGCGCCUAGCCGGCAGCCAGGAGGGGAUGAAGAACAAGAACAUGGUGAAUCUGGGAGCCAUCCGGCAGGGCAUGAAGCGCUUCCAGUUCCUGCUGAACUGCUGCGAGCCGGGAACCAUCCCCGACGCAUCCAUCCUGGCGGCCGCCCUCGACCUGGAGGCCCCGGUGGUGGCGAGAGCAUCUCUCUUCCUGGAGUGUGCCCGUUUCGUGCACCGCUGCAAUCGUGGAAACUGGCCGGAAUGGAUGAAGGGGCACCACGUGAACAUCAUCAAGCGUGGCCUCUCCCGGGGCCGCUCCCCAGUGGUCGGCAACAAGAGGAACCAGAAGCUCCAGUGGAAUGCUGCCAAGCACUUCUGCCAGUGGGGAGAUGCUAUCGGUGCCCGACUGAGCGAGCUGUGCCACUUGGAGAGCGAGAGUCCCGCUAAUAUCCUGGGCUUCAUUUAUGAUGAGGAGACAAAGCGGCGGAUGAGGAAGGAGGAUGAGGAGGAGGAUUUCCUUGAUGACAAUACCGUGAACCCAACAAAAUGUGCCUGCCCCUUCGCCCUGAAGAUGGCCGCAUGCCAACUCCUGCUGGAAAUCACCACCUUCCUGCGAGAGACCUUCCCGUGCCUGCCACGCCCCCGUGCAGAGCCCCUGGUGGACCUGGAGAGCUGCAGGCUGCGUCUCGACCCCGAGCUGGACCGCCAUCGCUACGAGAGGAAGAUCAGCUUCGCCGGGAUCAUCGACGACGAAGAGGGCCGCGACUCCCUGCACAGCAGCAGCCACACCCUGAAAUCAGACUCCGCCUGUGAGGAGAAGAGGGCGCCUAUCAGAAAGAUCAGGAUUGGUGGGUCUCGGCUGCUGCAGAUCAAGGGAACUCGAAGUUUUCGGGUGAAGAAAGGAGGCUCCCUGUCCAGCAUCCGCCGGGCCGGCAGCUUGAAGAGCACCAAAAUGUCAAGGCAGGACUCAGAGUCCGAGAACGAGGAGGUCUUGCUGUCCCAGAGCAGAGACACUGUCACCGAUAUAGGGAGUCCCUGGAGCACCAGCGAGCCCAGUAUUGAACCCGAGGGCCUGAGCAGCACAGGGAAUGAGGAGAACUACCACAGAAACAUGUCCUGGCUGCACAUCAUGAUCCUGCUCUGUAACCAGCAGAGCUUCAUCUGCACGCACGUGGAUUUCUGCCAUCCAUGCUGCUACCAGCACCACAGCCGCUCGUGCGCACGCCUGGUCAGAGCUGUCAAGCUGCUGUAUGGGGACACAGUGGACGGGCUCAAGGAGGACAGCCUUACUAGCAACAUCGGCUUCCGGGCCAAGAAGACCAAGGAGUGCUCAGACAAGUCCUGUCUCAGGACGCCUUCCCUAAAGAGAAGAACGACCGACACCACUCCAGAAGGGAAGAAGGACACCGGAAUGCUGAAGUACAUCCGCAACCAGGUGAUGAGCCUCUCCCCGGCCCCUCUGUCUCUGUUGAUCAAGGCGGCUCCAAUUCUGAGUGAUGAAAUGUUUGGGGACAUCCAGCCUGCAGCCUGGGAGCUCCUCCUGAGUGUGGACGAGCACAUGGCAGCUGCUGCAGCUGCCCUGUUCCUGCUGUGUGCAGUGAAGGUGUCGGACGCUGUCUCUGAUAUGAUGAUGUCUGAAUUCCACCACCAGGAGGCAGUGCAGAGAAUCAACUCGGUCCUCAGGUUCUACACACUGUGGCGCUUCAGGUUUCAGGUGUGGCCGCGCAUGGAGGAAGGGGCCCAGCAGAUCUUUAAGAUCCCGCCCCCCAGUAUAAACUUCACGCUGCCCUCCCCGAUACUGGGAAUGCCUUGUGUGCCCAUGUUCGACCCCCCCUGGGUGCCCCAGAGCACUGGCAGUGUCCAGGACCCCAUUAAUGAGGACCAGUCCAAAUCGUUCUCCGCGCGGGCAGUGUCUCGCUCUCACCAGCGCGCCGAGCACAUCCUGAAGAACCUGCAGCAGGAGGAGGAGAAGCGACGGCUGGGCCGUGAGGCCAGCAUCAUCACCUCCAUCCCCAUCACCCAGGAGGCCUGCUACGAGCCCACCUGCAGCCCCCCGUCCGAGCAGGAGGAGGAAGCAGAAGAAGUCACAAACCUGGUGUCUCGGCGGCUCUCAGUCAGCCCCUCCUGCACAUCCAGCACCUCCCACAGGAACUACUCCUUCCGCAGAGGCUCAGUGUGGUCAAUGCGCUCUGCAGUCAGUGCUGAAGAUGAAGAGAACGUGACAGAGCACACACCUACACACCACGUCCCGCAGCCGCCACAGGUGGUGUUCCCAGCAUGCAUUUGUGCAGCCGUGCUGCCCAUCGUUCACCUCAUGGAGGAUGGGGAGGUUCGAGAGGAUGGAGUAGCAGUGAGCGCUGUGGCUCAGCAGGUGCUGUGGAACUGUUUGAUCGAAGACCCUGCCCUCGUCCUAAGGCACUUCCUGGAGAAACUCACUGUCAGCAAUCGCCAGGACGAGCUGAUUUACAUGCUGAGGAAGCUCCUGCUGAACAUUGGAGACCUGCCGGCUCAGACAUCACACAUCCUCUUUAACUACCUGGUGGGGCUGAUCAUGUACUUUGUGCGCACGCCGUGCGAGUGGGGAAUGGACGCCAUCUCAGCCACCCUGACCUUCCUCUGGGAGGUGGUGGGCUACGUGGAGGGGCUCUUCUUCAAGGACCUCAAGCAGACCAUGAAGAAGGAGCAGUGUGAGGUGAAGCUGCUCGUCACCGCCUCCAUGCCAGGCACCAAGACUCUGGUGGUGCACGGGCAGAACGAGUGUGACAUCCCCACCCAGCUCCCCGUCCACGAGGACACGCAGUUUGAGGCUCUGCUCAAGGAGUGCCUGGAGUUUUUCAACAUUCCCGAGGCUCAGUCCGCUCGUUACUUCCUGAUGGACAAGCGCUGGAACCUCAUCCAUUACGCCAAAACCUAUGUGCGAGAUAUAUACCCAUUCCGGAGGUCAGUCUCGCCCCAGCUCAACCUGGUCCACAUGUUACCUGACAAGGGACAGGAGCUCAUUCAGAAGCAGGUGUUCUCCCGGAAGCUGGAGGAGGUGGGCCGUGUCCUCUUCUUGAUCUCGCUCACCCAGAACAUGCCUGCCGUUCACAAGCAAUCCCACGUCUCCCUGCUCCAGGAGGACCUGCUCAGACUCCCGUCAUUCCCCAGGAACGCCGUGGACGCCGAGUUCUCUCUCUUCAGCGAUCCCCAAGGGAAGGAGCUCUUUGGCCUGGACACCCUUCACAAGGUCCUGUGGAUCAAGCUGCUGGAGGAGAUGUUCCUGGGCAUGCCCAGUGAGUACCCCUGGGGAGACGAGAUCAUGCUCUUCCUGAACGUGUUCAACGGAGUCCUGAUCCUGCACCCGGAGGACAGCGCCCUCCUGAGGCAGUACACCGCCACGGUGAUCAACACCGCUGUCCACUUCAACCACCUCUUCUCACUCAGUGGCUACCAGUGGAUCCUGCCCACCAUGCUGCAGGCCUAUGCAGACUAUGAAAGCAAUCCGUUACUGCGGCAGGCUAUAGAGUUUUCCUGCAGGCAGUUCUAUAUCCUCCAUCGGAAGCCUUUCGUUCUGCAGCUGUUUGCCAGCGUGGCACCAUUGCUGGAGUUCACAACCUGCACAAGCAGCGGGCUGUCCAAAGGAGUGUCGGCUCAGUGCCUGUUUGACCUGCUGGUAUCUCUAGAAGGGGACUCCCUGGACACCCUGGAUGCCCUGGAGCUAGUGAAGGCAGAGAAGCCCCUCCGCUCUUUAGACUUCUGCUACGGGAACGAGGACCUCAACUUCACCAUCAGUAAAGCCAUCAAGCUGUGCGUGACAGUGGUGGCUUAUGCGCCCGAGUCCUUCAGAAGCCUGCAUAUGCUGAUGGUGCUGGAGGCCCUGGUCCCCUGUUUCCUGCAGAAGCUGAAGAAGGAGACCAUCGCUCUGGAGACGGCCUCCGCAGCCAGGGACGAGAUCGCAGCCAUCGCCACCCUUGCCACCUCCCUCCAGGCUCUGCUGUACAGCGUUGAGGCUCUCACCAGGCCCAUGACUGCACCACAGAUGAGUCGCUGUGAACAAGGACACAAAGGAGCGACCACUGCCAACCACACUGUGCCAGGGGGCACCGACACCAGGGAUAACCUGCACCUGCUGGAGGAGGGCCAGGGUCUCCCCAGGGAGGAGCUGGAUGAGCGCAUCGCCCGGGAGGAGUUCAGACGGCCCCGGGAGUCCCUGCUCAACAUCUGCACCGAGUUCUACAAGCACUGCGGCCCCCGGCUCAAGAUCCUGCAGAACAUGACUGGGGAGCCACGCGUCACCACACUGGAGCUGCUCGACAUCAAGUCACACAUGAGGCUGGCUGAGAUCGCACACUCCUUGCUGAAGCUAGCUCCCUACGACACCCUGACCAUGGAGAGUCGUGGUCUGAGACGCUACAUCAUGGAGAUGUUGCCCAUCACUGACUGGACCACCGAGGCUGUGCGGCCCGCCCUCAUCCUCAUCCUCAAGAGGCUCGACCGCAUGUUCAACAAGAUCCACAAGAUGCCCACUCUGAGACGGCAGGUGGAGUGGGAAGCCGCCAGCAGCCUGAUUGAAGGGAUUUGCCUGACGCUUCAGCGGCAGCCCAUCAUAUCCUUCCUCCCGCACCUCCGGUCGCUGAUCAACGUCUGCGUCAAUCUGGUGAUGGGUGUGGUUGGACCCUCCAGCGUGGCUGAUGGCUUGCCUCUUCUUCACCUGAGUCCCUACCUCUCCCCCCCGCUCCCCUUCAGCACCGCCGUGGUUAGACUCGUGGCUCUGCAAAUACAGGCGCUAAAAGAUGACUUCCCCCUUAGCCAUGUGAUCUCCCCGUUCACCAAUCAGGAGAGACGAGAAGGCAUGCUUCUUAACCUGCUGAUUCCGUUUGUGCUGACGGUGGGAUCUGGCAGUAAAGACAGCCCUCACCUAGAGCAGCCGGAAGUGUUCCUGCUGCUGCAGACCGUCAUCAACAUCCUGCUGCCGCCACGCAUCAUCAGCACCUCGCGCAGCAAGAACUUCAUGAUGGAGAGCUCUCCGGCGCACUGCUCCACGCCGGGAGACACGGGCAAGGACCUGCGCAGGGAGGGGCUGGCCGAGUCCACCAGCCAGGCCGCCUACCUGGCUCUGAAGGUGGUCCUGGUCUGUUUCGAGCGGCAGUUGGGGAACCAGUGGUACCAGCUGAGUCUGCAGGUGAAGGAGAUGGCACUCCGCAAGGUGGGCGGGCUGGCCCUGUGGGACUUCAUCGACUUCAUUGUGAGAACCAGGAUCCCCAUCUUCAUACUGCUCCGCCCCUUCAUCCAGUGCAAGCUCCUGACCCAGCCUGCGGAGAGCCAGGAGGAGAUCACAGCCCGGCACCACAUCGCUGACCAGCUGGAGCGGCGCUUCAUCCCCCGGCCGCUCUGCAAGAGCUCCCUCAUCGCCGAGUUCAACAACGAACUCAAGAUCCUCAAGGAGGCGGUGCACAGUGGCGCAGGUGAGAAAACGUACCAGGGCAAGACCUCCAUCAGCACUGUGGGCACGUCCACCUCUGCCUACCGCCUGAGCCUGGCCACCAUGUCACGAUCCAACACAGGGACCGGGACCGUCUGGCAGCAGGACAGCCAGCCCUCCCACCGGGCCUCGCAGGACACUCUGAGCCGCACCGAUGAGGACGACGAAGAAAAUGACUCUGUGAGCAUGCCAAGUGUGGUGAGUGAGCAUGAAGCCUACCUGGCCAGUGCGAUUGGGCGCCGGCGGUUCUCCAGCCACGUGUCCAGCGCAUCGGCUCCGCAGGCCGAGCCUGUGCUCAGCUCCAUGCUCCCCAGCCAGAGUGAACCUAAUGUCCUAGAUGAAUCCCAGGGGAUGAACUCAGAGGGUAACCUGUCUAGGGUGGCCAGUGUUCAGAGUGAGCCGGGGCAACAGAACCUCCUGGUCCAGCCACCCCUGGGGAGGAAGAGAGGGCUACGGCAGCCGAGGAGGCCUCUGCUUUCGGUCCAGAAGACCCAGAACGAGCCCCGCAGUCGCCCUGGAGCUCGCCUGUCCACCACGCGCAGGAGCAUCCAGCCCAAAUCCAGGACCCUGGAACAAAAGAGGUCGGUUACCUUCACUGAAGCACAGCAUGAGGCAGCAACCUUGUCCCCCCCAGCUGAGAGCAAGGAAUGCCCAUCAGAGAACCAGAGCCUCGGGGUUAAAUCAUCGUCUGCUGCCUCUCCUUCCAUUGUAACAGCGGACCUGCACAGCCCCACAGCAGCCAAGGUGGAGACAACUGGCUUAGAGACUAAGAACAAAGAGGAGCCAUGGAGCUGCCUGUCCCCUCCCCCACCUCCUGUGCUGGGCACCCUGCCACCCGCUGCCUCCCUGCCUCGGGAGAGCCCCGGAGAGACCUCCAGCCUGCUGCCGCACACUGACACCAUCCUGCACAUCAGCGAGGAUAACGGCACUGAGAGCCCCCUGCUCUCCCCAGCCUUCACCUACACCCACGUCGAGCUGGGGGAGCCCGAAGUGAACCUGGAUGAGUCCCACGUUUAAACAGCUCCUUUCAUCAUCCGGCUGUAGUGUGCUUGCAGUGCAUGAAUUCCCAAACCUUCUAAUUUGGAGUUUUAAAUAGUGAAGUACAGUAACGCCAUCAGUGCUAGUACUCCUGUAUGCCUGGCCCCAUUGUUUUAAUAGAUUACGACUGUUAUUGUGGUAAGAGGUUACAGAUUCUGCAGGUAUCAUUAUUACUGCUCAGAGAGAUUUGAUACCCUAACACAUAAAACAUCUUCAGUUUACCUUUUGAUAAAGGAGGAAGAUGGCUUCAGUUGUAUUUGUCAUACCGUAUAUUAGUGGGAUUUUAAAAUGAAAGUCCAAAUUGGUAAAUUGUGUGUGUAAUGAAUCUAGCUCAAUGCCAAUGAAAGGAAGUCGAUUUAUUUAACGGGUUUUGUGUGAAUUAACUAAAUAAUGUGCUAAAGGUCUACCCUGUAUGCCAGUUGUGAUGUUUAAUGGCAGGAGAGUGGAUUGGAUGGAGAGAGAAAUUUAGUGAGAAGUUUUGCAGAGGUAUAGAUUAAAUAUGUUGUACAAAAGUAAUACAGUAUGUCCUUGUUGUGUUAGAACUCAUAUCUGUGCAUUGUUAAUCAGUAUUGUACACACGCUGGCCACUGUUAGAAUCAGGGCUGCUAUGACAGCUUGGCGUUGAGGUGGGUUUGUGCUGGUCAAGGAAGAUGACCGAAGUCUGUCCCUGACAAUGCCAGUAUGGUUGAUGCUCAUACUGUCAUCAGUGUUUUGGGGUGGACUUGAUUAGCGGCAAUGCUCAGGUCCAGACUGGCCAGUGGCUAGUGCUUGUAUCAAUACAUGUUAAGACCCUGUAUUCCAACCCAUUAACCCUCCCAGGAAAACUGUUUGUAUUUUAUCCUAAACUAAGAAGCUGCUUGCAAAAAGGCAGAUACGUUUUGCUUUUUUAUUUGCAAAUACGCUGGUAGUAACAAAUUAGAUCAGAUGCCUUAAAUGUUUACAAUGCCAAAGUGUGAGCCGCUGGACUGUAUUGUGUGUCGUGUCCCAUGUCCGUGUCUGUGAGAUUGCCUGCUUUUAUCCGUAUAGUGCUGGACUACUUACCAACCCAACGACACACAUAAACAAUAACACCAACUGGUCUCUCCCUGAUCAUUACUCCCGUGUGACACUGCAUUCAAAACCUGUCAACUGGUCUCUCCCUGAUCAUUACUCCCGUGUGACACUGCAUUCAAAACCUGUCAACUGGGCUCUCCCUGAUCAUUACUCCCGUGUCACACUGCAUUCAAAACCUGUCAACUGGGCUCUCCCUGAUCAUUACUCCCGUGUGACACUGCAUUCAAAACCUGUCAACUGGGCUCUCCCUGAUCAUUACUCCCAUGUCGCACUGCAUUCAAAACCUGUCAGCUGGGCUCUCCCUGAUCAUUACUCCCGUGUCGCACUGCAUUCAAAACCUGUCAACUGGGCUCUCCCUGAUCAUUACUCCUGUGUGACACUGCAUUCAAAACCUGUCAGCUGUUAAAACUGGUUUGUAUGUAACUCUGUCAUAAUACAAUGAAUGUGUCCAACUUAACUGUGAACUAGGGUGUGCAAAACUGUUAUUAUUGAUGCUAAAGCUGAGUUUAUACUUAAGCUACUUUGUUACAAGUUGCUUGAUCUCAUUGCUCUUAUCUGCGUCCAUGCUUUCACUGGUUCGGUGCUAUAGUAGCUACAAGCUGCACUUUCAAGUCGCGUCAGUCUACACCAGGCUUCAUGAAUUCCUUACCUUGCAUUUUUUGGCAUCUGGUGGGUAAUUUCUCCUAAAGAAAAAGUCAAAUAGAAUGUGUUUUUUUUUUGUUUUUUUGCACAAAGUCUCACUGUGCACACAAGUAUGCAGAGAUGGAAACAAGACUCCGACUGCAUAGCAGUUUCACCCAUUCUAGAUUUUGAUAUGAGUUUGAUCAGCCCCAGUGUAUAGGAAACAAGCUCAGGUGUGUCUUAUUACUGUAAACUCAUUGUAAAACUUGGAAUGGAUCAAACUGCAAUGCAAAGGGAGUCAUUACUCCAUCCCUGGUACAUCACCAAGAUAGAGUGCUGGUAGAUCACUUUGAUCCAGAUUACAAGUUUUGAAAAACCAGCCCCAAAUGUCUAAUGGGGAUUUAUGUGUCAUGUGUCUGCUGCAGUGGUGUUCCACUGUUUUAAAUGUAGCCCCCCUUUAUCAUAUAAAUCCUUUCAGUAGCAUGAACGUGCUGUAUGUUAAACAUAAUUAUACAUAUACCUAAAUAAAAGCUGAUUAUUGUU